CACACACUUAGGGACCAAUCCACAGCUGCAUCCUUCCUGUGGCACAAUUGGACUAGAAGAAAGACCUGGGAAGAAAACAACUUACCAAGUAAAGAAUGUGUUUGGCAGGCUUGUUACACACAGACCAUGGCCUGUUUUCAGAAGCCAAACUGAAUGAAAACAGCUUUAAAAGAGGCAAGCAUUUGUGAAAAAGUCCUUGAAGGAUUCUUAACUGUUCUUCUGGACAAAAAGAAACCAGUGAAUCAAAGGUGCUUCUCAGGUCCUCACUCCUAUUUUCCUGACAGACAAAAUGAUUUAAAAAGAGAGGCACGUGUGUCAACAAACUCAGGCCCUUCUGUCUAAGAAUUUUCUUUAAAAAUGGAGAAUGAAAAAAGAGAGCUUAUUGGAGUGGACCACAGUGCUGCUUCUGGGGCUCUCUUUGUGCUUCUUUUCGGCACUCUUCAAAGCUACUCAUUUUCAUGAACAGCCUCUUCAAGUCCUGGGACGUGCGGAUAACUUCUGGAACCCUGACUUAUGCACGCCUCGCUUACCCACGCUGGGCACGGGCUCUCCUGCCCAGUGUGGAUUCUGCCCGGACCUGGCGCUCCGUGCAUUCUCCGUGUGGUCCCCAGCAAGCCAUCUGUGCUUCCAGCCCCGAGUCUCAGGGCUCAUCGGACUCUCUCCUUUCCUUAUAGAAACACCCAAUGCCAGCUACCAGGCCAGCCCGGCCUGGUCACAGCGCCUCUUUCACUGUCUCGGAAGAACAAUCGUUGGGACUCCUGAUGAAGAAACCAUGGACAUAGUACUCGCAAAAAACUACUCUGAAAUGGUGGGAAUCGUGUUUAAUGAUACAUAUUGGCUGAAGUUUAGCUGGGGACAUAGAAUCCCAGUUAUGAGAGAACACUUUGAAUACUCAGAACAUUGUUGGGCUAUGCGUGAUGAAAUUUUUUGUUCCUUGACAACAUACUGGCAAAGAGGGUUUGUGGCUUUUCAAACCACAAUUAAUGCUGCAAUUAUAGAAGUCACAACAAAUCGUUCUGUGAUGGAAGAGUUGACAUCAGUUAUUGGAAUAAAUAUGAGGACACCCCCUUUCAUUUCUAAGGAAGAAACUACAAAUGAAUGGUUUAUUUUUAUUUGUGUAGUUUAUUUCUCCCCUUUUGUAUAAUCAUUAAACAUUACAAUGGAAUGA